AGGUGUUGCAGACUGUUGGCAAAGUCACCCUCGUCGCUGCCUUUAUGUUCUUGAUGUGACAGUAGGCUCUCUAGAUGAAGCAUGCAGUCGAGUAGCUGCUAGGUUUGCAAGGUAAGUUGAGGAUUCAGCACAAUAACUUCCCUUUUCGAAAUGUCCAUGUAAUCGACAUGUAAGUGGGUGUUUACCCACCUUUGUUAUCCCAAAGACAUUCGUAUAAUCCCUGGUUCUCCCAAGACGGAAUCCAAUGUACAUGCCAGUGGGCAGCGUGGAGUUACGCAUAUUUGCCAUUUCUUAGAUAGAUGCUAAAAAAGCACACUACGGUUCCAGUAGAUGCGAGUUUAGCUAGGUUCUUGCAUUCCACCAUGGAGGUGUCGCGGAUCUGGCUGCUGAUUCUAUCUACUGUGGUCUUACUCGGUCUCCAUACGACGAGCGUAUGCCACCAUGGUUCAUUAACUCUCUCUAGCCCGCAGUCUUGUGAAACGCUACUCGUAACCAUGAAACAACGCAAAGCAACGUGCGAAUGGUGUGGCUGUUCGUUUCGUGGAUCUGGGCCUCUAAGGACACACACGUCCACAGAUGCAGAUUGCAGGCUAGCUAAGGAACGCAGCUACAAUGCUGGUAUUUUCUAUGGGGCGUAUGCUACUUUUGUAGGCCCCUCCUGCGCUGAGCGUUCUCGCCACUCCUGGGCACCAGUCGACCACAGCAACGGAUGCCCUCCCGUUGAGCCACCUAGCAGGCAAACAAGCUCCACCUCCACGCAGGGUAGUGUGUCGGGCCAUUCUAGUGACAGCGAUAGCGGGGGGAGUAGUUGCGAGCGCGGGCCCAUGUGCCGGAUGGCGAAGUCAUUUGUCCAGUGAUCCUUGCAAGCGAUCAGACGACACUCGAUGGCACGACGCGGACCCGAAUCUGGCCACUGUACAUAUCCACCGAAAACAUUCCAUGGCACUGGCGCUGGCACGACGCUGGGAAAGUACUCGGCAUUCUGCCAGAACCAGACAAGCACAUGCUGCCCAUGCAGAAGGUCGAGCUGUUCCAGAAAUCUCUUGGCAUUGUUCUCCAUGAGCUCCACCAAGCAUCCAAAAAGUAACCAUCCCAUUCCCCCACCCCUCCUCUUCCCAUGUCCCCCACCAUUUUUCCCUCUUCCUAUCUCCCUCUUCCCCUAAGUCUCCCUCUCCCUACCAAACCACAAGCAAUCUUCUCCAACAUGAUGUAUCCCCACUGCCCGUUCCUCCCCACUCUCUAUGCCCUGCCCCCCUACUUCCCCCUCCAUCCAUGUCCUCUGUGCAGGAGCGGGAUGAGCAGGGUGAUCGCAAAGAGUGGGCGAAGGUUUGGCGGUACUCGGCGGCAAAUGGGGGGCUGUCGGCUGUCAUACAGGGGCAGCAAGUCCCAUGCUGCUCGGACUGGUCGGACGACCUGAUGGUCCUGUUUGGGCGCGCGUUGCCCGCGCCCGCACCGGGAAGAGGCACGGACCCCGGUACACUCAAUGCAAUGAAAGCUGUUGCGGCGAGCAUACACUCGGCGUCAAGUGUAGAUCUCGUUGCUGCCUGCGUGUUAGUGCUGCAGGCUGUGGACAAGCUUCUGGCGGGGCUGCUGUCGACGGCGGAGGAGGAAGAGGCCGGCGAGUAGGCACCCGGCGUCGUCUAAAAUUCUGCGCAGCGAGUAUGAAGCACACCAGUACUCAACCAUCCCCAUUCCGUCUGCCCUUUGGGACUUCAAGUUUUCAGAGGAGCCGUAGGGCAACACCUAUCUCCCUAUGAUGCCGGACAUAUUGCAUGUGUUCUACAUUGGGGUUUGGAAGCAUCUGGUGACUGUCUUGAUUUCAGACAAGGAUAUUGCCAAGAUUUAUGAAGAGCGGUAUCUGAGGAUGUAUCCUGAUGCACGCCUAGCUGGGCUUCCUGCCCCCAUUCCUGGAAAAUACUUCAUAUCAGGCGUGAACUACACCGGCGCAGAGCAUUCGGGCAUGAUGUCAGUGAUCACUUUCAUAGUUGAGGGGAAGCUUGCUCCAGCAUGCCACAAAGCCCUCAAUUAUGUCCUUGGGUGGCAUCAAACCUACAUUCAAGCUAGCAGCCACAGUGAAGCCAGCCUUGCCCAAAUGCAAGCAGACUUGCAUGAGAUGGUGCAUCUCCUAGAGAUGGCGUUCCCACGGUCUGGCCAUGGGUGGAACCUCAUCAAGGUUCAUUUACUCACGCAUCUCCCUGAUGCUAUCCGACGCGGGGGCCUGCCACAAGAGUUCGCUGCUGCUGUUUUUGAAAAUGCGCACUCGCGGACUUGCAAGCAGCCAUAUCGGUCAUCAAACCAUCGUCAAUAUGUGGACAUCAUUCUGAAGCACAAUGUGCUUGACGCGGUGCAGCUCUUAACAUUGUGCUUCAGAAUGAUGUCCGCGUCAAGAGCUCGCUUCCUCCGCCGCGCAAAUAAAAUACUGCAGCUGCACGAGAGAUGGAGACGGGGAUGCCAAAACUCACCGAGGAUUCAGACUUAAUGACGUAUGGUGAUGCUAACCCCAGAUCUGGAAACGACAUCUACACCAGCUAUGUCGAAGCCAAUGGUGGGGACUUGGGGCCUUACGGUGAGACAAUGAGGCGCGCCGGUUACCAGAGCUUCCCGGCUGAGGUUCAUAGGGCAGUCGCAAUUCUGACCUCUGACAUCGACGGCCAGCCUGCCUGCUGGUAUGCAAGGGAAGCACUCAGGAACCAAAAGGAUCCUGCAUUUUCAUGUAUCAGCAUUUCUAGUACCAGAGGGCAGCCCCUGUACGGCCAGGUCCUGCUGCUUCUGCGUGCGGAAACGCUGGUAGGGUCUCAGGCAGGCCAGAAACGCGCAGUAGCAUACGUGCGGACGUGGACCACUAGUGCUGUGGACGACAUCAUAGGCUGCAGUAUUUUGCAUCGACAAGGGGGUGGGAAUGGGUACACGGUAGUACCCAUUGAACGGCUAACCGGUGUGGUACACAUCGUGAAGUCUUUCGAGCGUCAAGGAGUGUGGCUACUCAAUCGUUGGGCUCACCUGCGCCGGCCCCUUACAGGUGAUAUGGUCACUGACCGUGCACCGUAGAGUUGCUUUGAGGGGAGCUACCAAUGGUCACUGGAGUGGUUCUGCUCAUGACGGCCCUUGCUGGCCCUUCCUAGAGGAGGGAGGGGGGAGGAGAGAUGGCCACUAUGCAAUAGGUGAACACACAACCCACUACAUUCUUACGCGCCGCCGUAUCCUACCACAUCACGAUCACAGCCCUUUUAUCUCUCUCAUGGCCAACUACCGAGUGAGUUUUGCAUAUGCAGUGGCUCCAAGGUCUGGGUAGGCAGCGGAGUGAGGAUGGUUAAGCUUAUGUAUGGAUUUUGGCAGGGAGGAGCGAAGGUCCCGGCAUCGUGGGUGAAGGCAGAGAAAGAAGGAAGGGAUCAUGCGGAGGCUGAAGCAUCCUUCCCUCCUCUUGGUCCAACAAACUUUCAUGACUGUAGCCUCUCGGUAGAGAUUGCGUGAAUCACCCCCCUGCAAGUCACGCCCUUUCUCUCCACCACCUUCUAUUGCUGACCCUGCAUUCCACUCUCAACCCUGUGUACCCUGCCCUCGGCUCUGCAGCCCCUUCUCAUCCUCGGUUGCACUGUCAACUUCUGCACUACCAUUUCGCCCCUCCACUCCCCUUUCCCGUUCGCCACCAUCCCACCCUCCGCCCCAUGCCCUCCCAAAUAUGAUCCACUGCUAAGCGGCCCCUACUAACACACGCACUCAAAGCUCCACACCUACACCAUGAUGUAAGCGCCUCUCACCAGCACAAGCUCCCCUGCACUUGGUCUUGGAUUUGGUACGCACGACUCUCUCCAUGAUCACCAUGCUGAACCGUGGCUGUGACGGGGUCAACAUGAAUAUUUUUUUAGGAAUCAAAAAAUUAACAGAUU